AUGGCACCCUACAUGACUCAUACGGCCUCUGAGCUGAGCUCCCCUGUGGACAGUAUUCAGUCGCCUAGAGGAAUGCCAUCAGACCCUAUUGCCGUCAUAGGUAUGAGUUGUAAAUUUUCUGGGGAAGCUACAACUCCAGAGAAAUUAUGGCAGUUAGUUGUCAAGGGUCAAGAUGGCUGGUCACCUAUACCGAAAUCGAGAUUCAACUCGGAUGCAUUCUACGACCAAGACCAUGCAAAAGUUGGAAUGUCCAACGUGGUUGGUGCUCAUUUUAUCCAAGAUGACGUCUCAAAGUUUGAUGCAUCCUUCUUCAACUUUACUUCAGAAAUUGCCAAUGCAAUGGAUCCACAAAUUCGAAUGCUUCUCGAGUCUGUUUUUGAAGCAUCAGAAAAUGCUGGAAUGCCUCUACAAAAAUUAGCCGGAAGUGACACUUCGGUAUUUAUGGGAUCGUUUUCCAGAGAUUAUCAUGAUAGUCUCAUGAGAGAUCCGGAUACGUUGCCAAGGACUGCCCUCACCGGUAAUGGCGUUGCCAUGAUGUCGAACCGAGUCUCACAUUUCUUUGACCUUCGAGGCCCAAGUUUGACGACGGACACAGGCUGUUCUGCAAGUCUGGCCGCCCUUCAUUUGGCUGUACAAAGCAUUCGUAACGGCGAGUCUCGGAUGUCUAUUGUUGGAGCAUCAAAUCUCUUGUUGAACCCUGACCCAUUUAUCGUCAUGUCAGGCCUUGGCGUUCUCGGAGCGGAUGGUCGGUGCUUCGCAUGGGACAGUAGAGCCAAUGGCUAUGGUCGUGGUGAAGGCAUUGCCACACUUCUCCUCAAACCUCUCGGCGAUGCAGUCAGAGACGGUGAUCCAAUACAUGCGGUCAUUCGCGAGACUGCAAUCAAUCAAGAUGGGAAAACGCCGACUAUUACUUCUCCCUCAUCUAAGGCACAGGAAGAACUAAUUCGCGCUUGUUAUCAAAGAGCUGGUUUGGAUCCAAUCCACACACCUUAUGUCGAAGCCCACAUGACAGGCACUCCAACUGGAGACCCAAUAGAGGCCAAUGCAAUUAGCCGUGUGUUCAGUAAGGGCCGUUCAGCCGACAAUCCAAUCUUAGUUGGCUCAGUCAAGACAAACCUAGGCCAUCUUGAAGCGUCAAGCGGCAUCGCUGGUGUUAUCAAAGGCAUCAUGAUGCUCAAGAAUGGUGUCAUACCUCCCAGCCUGAAUUACGAAACCGCCAACCCAAAUAUUGACAUGCAACAGCUAAAGGUCAGAGUCCCUCUUGUUGCCCAGAACUGGCCAGAAGGAAUGCCCCGACGUAUUUCGGUCAAUAACUACGGUUAUGGUGGAACAAAUGGUCAUGUUAUCAUUGAUGGGCCAACGGAACAUGUCCAAGAGGUCGUCAAUGCCUCGCAAGUGAUAACAACACCUCGCCUUUUUGUGUUCAGCAGUAAAGAUACCACUGCCACUUCUCAAAUGGUUGAUAACUUAAAGACCUAUCUUGAGAGCCGAAAAGCGUUAGGUAUCAAUGUCGACUGCGACGACCUUGCCUAUACUCUGGAGGCCAGGCGCACACAUUUUCCUUGGAGGUUUGCUAUUUCAAGCAUGAACUGCCAACAGGACCUGGCUGAUGGCCUAAGAGACUCCGUUGGAAAAGCAGUCACACUAGCCAAAGAUCCACCACGUGUCGGAUUUGUGUUCAACGGACAAGGUGCUCAGUGGCACGCCAUGGGCCGCGAGCUAAUCGCGCUAUAUCCUACAUUUCAAAAGUCCCUGCUUCGUGCUGAUGCAGUGUUAAGCGAUUAUGGUGCUGACUGGUCUUUGGUUCAAGAGCUACGGCGUGAUGAAGAGUCCACUCGGGUCAAUGAGCCACGACUUAGCCAACCGGUCUGCGUCGCCCUUCAGAUCUGUUUAGUUGAUCUGCUGAAAUCGUGGGGCAUCCAGCCAAGUGCAGUAACAAGUCACUCUAGUGGUGAAAUUUCGGCUGCGUACGCGGCAGGUGCACUCACGUUUAAGGAGGCACUUGGGGUUGCUUACUUUAGAGGCACUUUAACCGAGAAAUAUCUUGCAGCUUUACCGCGUGCAGGAGGCAUGCUGGCAGUUGGUCUGGGUGCCGACGAUACAUGGUCGUACCUGGCUGAACACGCUAUUAGUAAAGAUACCGUUACGGUUGCCUGCAUCAACAGUCCAUCAAGUGUCACGCUCUCAGGUGAUCUUGACGCGAUUGAGCGCCUUGAAAAGAACCUAAUCCAGGACCAGAUCUUUGCACGGAAGUUGAAGGUCAAGUCAGCAUACCACUCCCAUCACAUGCUUCCGAUGGCAGAGGAGUAUUAUAGGACAUUGAAAAGUAUUAUUCAGCCUAAGCUGAAGUGGGAGAAAGUUAUUUACGCCUCUCCUGUAACCGGGAAUCUCAUUGACAGUCCUCAAAAGCUUGGGCCACAACAUUGGGUAAACAAUUUGCUGUGGCCAGUUCUCUUUUCACAAUCUUUUGAAGCGAUGUGCGCGCCUGCAUCCAACGACAGUCAACCUCAAGUCGAUUUUAUUCUCGAGAUCGGGCCGCACUCGGCUUUGGCUGGCCCGAUACGCCAAGUAUUCAAGAUUCCAGCUUUGAAAGAUCUCAACCUAGGGUACGCUUCCUGCCUGGUUCGAAGCCAAAACGCCGUCAUCUCAAUGCAAAAUGCGGCAGGGUCUCUCUGGUGCAAAGGUUAUCCCGUCGACCUGUCGGCCAUCAACUGUCUAGAAAAGGGGAAGCACCGCCGUGUCAUAUCAGAUAUUCCUUCAUAUCCUUGGAACCACAACAAUAGCUUCUGGCAAGAGUCCAGACUCAAUGUCGUGCAUCGUCAGAGGAAACACGUGCGGCACGAGCUGAUUGGCUCCAUGCUUCAUGGUCCAGCAUCAAAAAACCCUACCUGGAGACAUUUUCUCAAACCAUCCGAGCUGACUUGGCUACGACACCACUUAGUGCAGUCGGAUAUGGUAUACCCUGGCGCCGGAGGCAUUAUAAUGGCAAUUGAAGCUUUACGACAAUUUUCUGGACUAGGUCCAGAGGCAAUUGAAGGUUACUGUUUGAAGGAAAUCGAUAUCAUCAACGCACUGGUUAUUCCAGAUUCCGAGGCAGGUAUUGAAGUUCAGUUGUCGCUUCACUCCUGCGAUAGGAAGGCUUUGGAACCAGGAUGGUAUGAAUUCUCGCUCAAAUCACCUGGCGUUGAUCAAGAAUCUUGGACAGAGCAUAUUCGUGGGUACAUUUCUCAAAAGAGAAAGUUGGAUGUUCCAUUUUCCACUGUGCAGCCGACCGACAGCUCCGUCCAGCAAGUAGGCUACUCCCACUCUAUUGAAACUGACGACCUAUUCGAGCGACUUCGGAAUCUUGGUCUUGAACAUGGACCUGCUUUUCAAAAUAUGCUCAACAUAUGGACAACUUGUUCCGGCUCGAAGUUUGAUUUCCAAGUCGCAGAUGUGGGAUCUGCUAGUCACCACAUCCUUCACCCAACAACACUUGACUCGAUAUUCCAAGGAGCUUAUGCUGCGCUACCAUCCGACGUAUAUCAGAACUCUAUGGUGAUGCCUCGAUCGAUUGAUGAGAUCUUUGUGUCACAAUCCAUUUCUUCAUUCCCAGGAAGUCGUUUUGAGGCCUUUGCGACUGUGAACCAGCAAGACAGGUCUGGUUUCCGAUCAACCAUAACCACCCGCGAUCCAAAUUGUCCAGAAUCAGUCAAUCUGUUGGUCAAAGGACUUUUCUGUCAAGCUGUAGGCGGGAUCAGACGAGACCAAACAGCAGCAGAUGCACCAAAGCUGCUUUUUAAGAUGCUGUGGCAUCCGGACAUGACACUUAUGCCUGUUGAGACAAUGAAGAACACUUUGAAGUUCGACGCCGAUGCACAAGAGCUAUCCAUCAAUAAAAAGCUUAUCCGGGCUGCUUGGUACUUUAUCCAAGAUGCAAUUCAAGACAUAAACUCGGAUCAGGAGGCUCUAUCUCAAAUGGAAUGGUAUCAUAAGUUGCUUUUGAACUGGAUGCAAACUAGAUACGAGGAAGGUCUUUCAGGCACUCUUGCUCGUGGAAGUGGUUCUUGGCAAAAGGCAAGCAAAGGCAUGAAACACAUGCUGUUCGACGAGGUGUCCUCUCAGAGCGUUAAUGGCCGUCUUUUAUGUCGCGUUGGGCGCAAUUUGUCUAAGAUUUUGAGAAAGGAGGCAUCUCCUUUGGAAGUCAUGAUGGAGAAUAACCUCCUCUAUGAUUUCUAUGAGAAAGCCCUCCGCUGCAAUCGGUCGUAUGCUCAAGUUCAGAAAUUAGUUCACCUUUUCUCCAUGAAGACUCCUCGGGCAAAUGUCCUAGAGAUCGGAGGUGGCACCGGUGGAUGUACAGGCUCCGUUUUGAAAGGACUGGCCGAAGAUACCCCAGACGGCAAAUACCGUUUCUCAUCUUAUACUUUCACGGAUGUGUCUCCGGGAUUCUUCGAGUCAGCGGCGAAAAAAUUUGAAAAAUACGGAAACAUGAUCAACUUCAAAAAGCUGGACAUCGAAGUGGAUCCCGAGCAGCAGUCAUUUACACCUGGGUCAUAUGAUCUCAUCAUUGCUUGUCAAGUGCUUCAUGCGACAAAGAAUAUGGAGAAGACGAUGAGAAACGUCCGCAAGCUUUUAAAGCCGGGCGGAAAACUGAUCCUCGUCGAGACUACGAAAGAUACUCUCGAUGUUCAGUUGAUAUUCGGUACUCUGCCUGGAUGGUGGCUUGCGGAAGAACCCGAGCGCAAAGGAGGGCCAAAUCUAACGCUUGAUCAUUGGGGUCGCGUUUUGAAAAGUACUGGCUUCACCGGCAUUGAAGCAGAUAUUCACGAUCUGGAGGAGGAUGAGAAUUAUUCCUUCAGUGUUAUGACCUCGACCGCCGCUGCUUCGGUGUCUUAUCCAUCGCAAGUGUUUAUUUUAUGUCCUCCUGAGGUGCCCAUGAUUUGGAGAAACAGCCUCACAGAUGCCAUUAGUUCAAGGACUGGAAUCGCAACUACAUUUGCGGAUUGGAGAAAUAUCGAAGCAACGGACAAGGUUUGCAUCAUGCUAGCUGAAAUUGUCGAACCACUACUGAGCCGCCUUACUGAGGAAGAAUUCAAGUCCUUACAACACCUGCUGACGACUGCCCGCGGUGUGUUGUGGGUCACCAGGGCAGGUCUCACCAGAGGGGUAAAUCCUGAUAUGGCGAUGCAUUCUGGGCUCUUGCGAACGCUGCGAAUGGAGGAUGCCGGCAGGCGCUAUAUUUCCCUCGACUUGGACACUGUUGAUUCUCCAUGGGCCAGCAAGAACGCGGAGUUUAUCUCUGAUGUUGUAAAAGUCUCAUUUGACCUCAGCCGCAGUUCUAAAGACAUUGACUGCGAGUAUGCCGUUCAAGAUUCCCUGCUGCAUAUAUCUCGCAUUUACAGCGACGAUGUAGAGAAUAAAUUACUUGCACGGGAUUACAUUGAAAACGAGCCAGAGGUCAGGAAAUUCGGCUCCCAAACUUCAACUUCUAUCCUUCAGAUGGAAGUUGGGACGCCGGGCCUGCUUGACACACUGCAGUUCCGAGAGAUCAGUCGAGAGGAAGCUUCAAUCUCCGCCGACCACAUUGAAAUUGAACCCCACGCUUUCGGCCUCAAUUUUAGAGACGUUUUGGUUGCUUUGGGUCAGCUUGACGAGACCAUUAUGGGCUAUGAAUGCAGCGGGGUUGUUACUCGACUCGGUCCAGAAGCCCAGAAACACAGCGGCUUCAAAGUUGGUGAUCGCGUCUGUGCCAUUCUUCGGGGACACUGGGCCACGAGAGUACUAAUCAACUGGUCAUGCGCUGUUCGCAUACCAGACAGCAUGUCUUUUGAAGAGGCCGCAACAAUUCCGAUGGUCUUCGCAACAGCGCAUCAUGGCUUGUUUGAUAUUGGAAGACUGGCCAAAGAUGAAACUGUUCUAAUUCAUGCCGCUACUGGUGGAGUCGGCCAAGCCGCUGUGAUGCUGGCCCAAAAUCGAGGUGCCAACGUCUUCGUUACGGUAGGGAGCCAAGCAAAGCGGGAUUUCGUCAUCAAGGAGUUUGGUAUCCCCGAGAGCAACAUAUUCUCCAGCCGUGAUGUCUCCUUCGGCCCUGCUCUCAUGGCAGCUACAGGAGGCAAGGGAGUUGACGUAGUGCUCAACUCACUUUCAGGACCUCUGCUCCAGGAAACCUGGAAUUGCAUGGCAAGGUUUGGCCGAUUUGUCGAAAUUGGUAAGCGAGACAUGGAAGCCGGCAAAAACAUGGAAAUGAGCCCUCUACGUCGGGCAGUAACGUUUUCUGCGGUCGAUCUUUUCCAAUUGGGAAAAUAUAGAGGUCCUGUAGUUCAUAACGUCCUUCUAGACGUCAUGGACAUGUUCAGCCGUGGAUGCAUUCGGACUGUAGCACCGAUAACGAAGUAUUCCAUCUCAGAUGUUGGCAAAGCUUUCAGGUUAAUGCAGAGCGGCAAACACUUAGGAAAGAUUGUGGUGACGCCACAUAAGUCAGACCUUGUCAAGAUUAUCCAAGCUCCCAAGGCCGCCUUUCUUUAUCCAGAGGCGUCUUAUCUCAUUGUUGGCGGUAUGGGAGGCAUAGGCCAGUCUAUUGCACGUCAUAUGGCACGCAAUCUGGGCUGCAAGAACCUCGUCAUUCUCUCACGGCAUGCACUGUCGCACCCAGACAGCGCAUCGCUAAGAUUUGAUCUCGAGGCCGCUGGAUGCAAAGCUGUCAUACAAAACUGUGAUGUUUCAGACGAAGAAGAGUUCCGCCAAUUACUGAGCCAAGUUCAACAAGAGCUACCGCCAAUUCGCGGUGUUAUUCAAGCCGCGAUGACUCUGAAUGAUUCAAUUUUUCCCAACAUGAAAUAUCACCAAUGGCUUGCCGCAACAGGUCCAAAGAUCUCCGCCACGUGGAAUAUCCACAGAAAUCUUGCAGAACUUGAUUUCUUCAUUAUGCUGUCGUCCUUGACUGGUCUUGGAGGUAACACUAGUCAAGCGAAUUAUUCAGCUGGAGGAACGUUCCAAGAUGCCUUCGCCAAGUAUCGAACGAGUCUUUCACUUCCUGCGGUUGCAAUUGACCUAGCCAGCAUCCAAGGUGUGGGUUUUGUUGCCAAUACUGCCGGUGUUUCAGAGCGGUUGACCAAGACUGGUCUGGCCGAUAUUGGCGAGGAUCAAAUGUUACAAAUCAUUGAGACGGCAAUCCAAAGGCCUUUGCGGCCUGUUGAUCUCAGUCAACUUAUCACGGGUAUUCUGGAAUUCGAUGAAUCGUCUAGUGUUGCUUGGGUUAAUGACACGCGAUUCACAUCCGCACGAGUCACUCACUACACAAGUGGAGACAAGGACAGCAGAACAAAUCAACAGGGAGUCACAACAGCUCGGCUCUCAGACUCUCUUCAACGUGCAACGAGUGGAGAAAGCGCAAUAACACUCAUUCAAGGUGCCAUCAUUUCAAAAUUGGCAGAAAUGUUUGGGCUGGAUGCAAGCGAGAUUGACAAGAAGUAUCCUGUUUCCAAGUACGGAGUUGACUCGCUUAUUGCGGUUGAACUUAGAAAUUGGCUCGUGUCAAGCGCGGGCGCAGAGACGACAAGCAUUUUUGACGUGUUGCAUAGUCCAAGCUUAAGCAUAUUGGCUGAAAAGAUUGGAGAAAAGAGCCGCUACGUUUCAAUGCUUGUCAAACCUACUUAG